AUGUAUGCCCCUUCUCAACUACCGCCAAAAGUCGAUCUUCGUCCAUGGAUGACAAAAAUCGAAGAUCAAUCGGACGCCAACAGUUGCACGGCGAACGCCACGGCUGGAGCUUAUGAAUACUUGAACAAUAAAGCUACAGGUCGCUGUAUCGAUGUUAGUCGUCUCUUCAUCUAUUACAACAGUCGACUUAAGGAUAACGACGGAAAUAACAAGGUCACCGACGAGGGUUCGUCCAUCGCCUAUGCAAUUGAGACAUUGGAAGAGGUGGGUGUCUGUCUCGAAUCAUUAUGGCCAUAUGAUAUCAAACGAGUAAAUUACAAGCCCAGUAAACAAUGUUAUGCCGCAGCCGAAGAGUAUACCAUCACUGAGGCACUCGAGGUCGAUAUUGAUUUGAAUGAGAUGAAGGCUUGUCUCGCUCAAGGUUUUCCCAUUAUCAUCAGUCUCAAUUUGUUCAAGUCAUUCGACAAGGCAAAGGAGAAAGGGAUCGUUCCGUUACCACGCCGAUCUGAGACUAGCCGAUCGACACAUGGAAGACAUGCUGUCCUAGCAUCUGGUUACAGCGAUGCAUCAAAAGCAUUUAUCGUACGCAAUUCAUGGGGAGAAAAUUGGGUGAGUCUUUUAAUUAAUAAUACCUGUUAA